UGCACCCAUAACAUAUUAAUACACAUACUCCACUCUUUUUGGUUGAAGAUGAAAAUGUCAUAUAUUGCAGUGUGUUUUGCUCUCCUCCUGCUAUUUGGGGAAGCCCAAGUGUCAACGGCGGUCACUUGCAGCCCAAUGGAGCUGAGCACAUGUGCGAAUGCAAUCAUCUCCUCAAGCCCGCCAACUGCCACAUGUUGUAGUAAGCUAAAGGAGCAGAGAUCUUGCCUCUGCCAGUACGUGAAGAACCCAAACCUUCAGAAAUUUAUCAACUCUCCCAAUGCCAGGAAAGUUGCCAGCACUUGUGGAUCUCCAUUCCCUAAUUGCUAGAUCCUCAUGUCUGUAAUAUCGUCGAUCAAUGCUUGGGUGGUGCGCCUCGUCCGGUAUUAACUAUUGGGAGGAUCAGCUUAUGACUCCUCUGCAUAUGGUGUGGUACGGUCUAAGUUAUAAUAGUUGAGUGAGUGGUAUUAUGAAAAAGUACUGUUGGAGUGUAUGAUUAGUGUGGAGUUAGCCUUUUCUUUGUUUGCUUUAAAUAUUGUGCUAGUUGUCUGAGUAUACUAUUUGUAAUGAAGGUUGGAGUAUUAUGGUAGCCACUUGCUUUCUGAAUUGGCGUCCUGGACAUGACUUUUGCCCAGAAGUUUUUGUGCAUAUGUAGCCACCCAUAAGGGGAUGGAAGACAUUUCCUUUUCGUAUAAAGGUUUGUUAAUGGUGAUGUGGGCCUUUACGUGGACGUCAUGGAGUGAAUUAAGAUAUUCAA